AUGACAAUUCAAGACAAAUAUUCAAAGGCUAACUCUCGCCGUUAUCGAGCUACACAUGGAGGAAUUCAAUCAAAUCGUGCAAAGAAUCAAGCUGCAUCAUCUAAUACAGUCUCCAAUGAUACUGAAAAGUUUCCCGCACUCAAAAAAGAUGAUGAAACCAAAGCGGAAGAUGAUGAAAAUCAGGAGAUAGAACCAGAAGAGGAAGAGGAAGACCAAAACUACGCUCGUCGUCGGAUUGAUACAAAUCUGGAUAGAUAUCAUGAACCCGAACCUGAGCCUGACGCAGAGCCCGAACCUGAGGUCGAUUUAAGCGAAUUUCUCAGGAAACAAGCUGCUUGUUUGACGACAGCACCAAUACCAUUGGCACCUGAAGAGGAUGAUGACGACGUCGAUCAUGCCUUCUCUCAUCUCUUCCUUCAACCUAGAAAGAUUCACAACCUACGACAAUUGUCCGCGGAGGAAGCUUCUGAACUUUCUCAACUUGACGACGAACGUAAAAAGGCGGAUGCUAGUCGAGGUAUGCUGUACUUGAUCGUCAAAUCAGAAUUACGUGCGCGUUUCUCGGGUAAAGAUGUAAAAGCUCGAUCAAAAGCACCAGCUAGGAGGUUAGCCAAACAUCAACAAGGCAGCACAGCUGCGUCUGUAUCGAAAGACUCUGGCGAGGGGGACCGAGCAACUGCACUUGUUGGGCCGUUGGAUGACGAAGCGUUCCUGGACGAGGUUCUGGGUGACUCUUCGGGGACGUAUGGGAACAUCCGGCGAAAGAAAUGA